AUGACAACAUCAGUCGCAUCCAAACGCCUCUUCCAAGAAUACAAACACCUCACCCAAGACCCACCGGACGGCAUCACCGCAGGCCCCGUCACCGAAGACGACCUCUUCAUAUGGGAAGCGCUGAUCGAAGGACCAGAGGGCACUCCCUACGAAGGCGGCAUCUUCCCCGCCGAGCUCAAAUUCCCAAAGGACUAUCCUUUGAUGCCGCCGACCAUGAGGUUUCUGACCGAUCUUUGGCAUCCGAAUGUAUACCCGAACGGCGUCGUCUGCAUCUCUAUCCUCCACCCACCCGGCGACGACCCAAACCACUACGAACAUGCCUCUGAACGAUGGAGCCCCAUCCAAAGCGUCGAAAAGAUUCUGAUCAGUGUCAUGAGCAUGCUGGCCGAGCCCAACGACGAGUCGCCUGCCAAUGUUGAUGCGGCGAGGAUGUGGAGGGAACGAAGAGCAGAAUUUGAGAAUAAGGUCAAGACUGAUGUUAGAAGAUCGCUGGGGCUUUGA